CGUUCAAAUGAUGUGACGCACGAGAUUCAAAGUUGGCCGCAACGUUUCUGUUGAGAUACUCUGGUAGCAUAGCUCGCUUGUUUUCAUCCGCAGCUGAAGCUUUAACAAGCCUAUAAAAUAUAAAUUUCUCCAUGUUUUCACACGAGUGAAGUGGGUUAUCACCAUCAGAAUGGACGGUAAAGUCAUUGGACCGGGUCCAUACAGGGCGACCAAGCUGUGGAAUGAAACCAUUAAACUCUUCCGUGGAGGCAUGCCGCUGAGAAGGCACUGGGCGCACUUCCGCUACUAUGAUUGUAGUUUCACAGGAUCCGAGGCUGUGGAUUAUCUGCAUGAGCUGCUGAGGCGCAACUACAACUUUGGCCCCGAGGUGACUCGUUACCAGACUCUGCAGCUGCUCAGGAAGUUCCUCAAGGCCCAUGUCAUAGAAGACAUCAAGGGACGCCAUGGGUCAGAGGACUUUGAAGACAACGGCCAUCUGUACAGGUUCCCCUCCUCGUCCCCCCUCAAGUCUUUUCCAACAAGGCCUCUGUUGAGAGACAGCGCUGACCUUCCCAGACUCAUUCGCUGGGACGACUACGAAGAGUUGCCUCAGCGGGAAAACAUUCCACCCCUGAAGUCUGCUGUCAUGACCUCAGAUUUGUGGAAUAAAAGGCACAGUGUAGCUAUUGGGGAUGUGCAUGAAUGCAAGCUCAUACGAAGGAAGGAGGUAACUCCAAAGCAAGUGGACCACAUCUGGAAGUCCAUGACAGUUGCCCAUUUACAGAGAGUGUUGGGCCUAACGUCAUUGGAUGGAGUAUUAAACCCGACGCAUGUGAACGGCAAGCACAUUGUUCAUAAUGUGUUCAGCGUUAAUAAGACGGGCAUAGUCAUAUUGGAGAACAAAGCCGAGGACAUGCCGUAUUGGGUGGUAUCAGCAAUGAAAUGCCUCGCCAAUUGGCCUAAUGCCAAUGAAAGCAAACAGCCAGUGUACCCGGGUUUCGAGAGGGAUGUUCUGAAAACAGUGGCCGAUUACUUUCAGAGACUCAAAGAACCCCUGUUGACUUUCCAUCUAUAUGAAGUCUUUGUCAACAUUCUGAGUCUGCUGCAGGAGCAGGAGGUCGCCACUGAGGCGCUACAGUUCAGCUGUCUCUUACUGCCGCCUCCUAACCGAAGACGCCUCCAGCUGUUACUGCGCCUCAUGUCCCGGGUCUGCCAGAAUCCCACCCUGCCUCCACUCAAUGACACACUUGCUACCCGCACACUGAUGGUGCAGAUGUUCUCUCACUGCGUUCUGGGCUCAGUGGAUGAGAUGGACCUGGAUGAGCUGCUUGCCACUAAAUUGGUGACCUUCAUGAUGGAGCACCACAACACCAUCUUCCAGGUUCCUUCCAAGCUGCGUCGCCAGGUCGAGGAGCACCUGUCACACCUCAAAAGAGUUCAAAUCAAAUACGCAGGUUCAGACACGGACAGCAGUGCCUCUCCAGCAUUCUGUAAACAGAUCAGCAGGGUGGAGUCUGAGGAGCAGAAGGUAAUAGGAACCCAGACCCCCCUGCAGGCGCUGCUGGAAGGCCUGAUAGCAGACAAAGAACUCCCUGCCAAGGACAAGAGGAAAAGGCUUAAACAGUUCCAGAGGUCCUACCCAGAGAUCUACCGCAAUCGAUUUCCCACAGAGGAAAGCAAGGCUGCUGUAGUACCUGAGAAAACCCCCCGACUGAAACCUCACCUCAUGUUUUUCACCAUCAAGAAACCCUUCCAGCCCUUUCAGAGGAGCUGGAGUUUUAGGGCGUGAUGUGCCCCCCCCGACACAUCUACACUUCAGGCUGUAAACACAUCUCAAGCUCAGCGUAGUGAGGCUACGAGCUGUAAUGGUGAUCUGCUGACACACACUACAAUUAAUGUUUCAAAAGGAUGACUUGGACUUUGUAGCACUGUUGAACUAAGAUAUUAAUUUAAAGGGUCAGUUCACACAAUGAUAAUAAUAUUAACAAUAAUAAUGAUGGCAUAUGGCCACAUAGCUUGAAUUUGGUCGCAAAACAGUAGCAACUAACUAAACUGCAAACAACAACUGUGGAUAGCUGAAUUGACCCUUUUUAACAAAUGUUUUACUGUGUUGAUAGAAUACUUGAACUUAGUGUAUCUGUGUUUCCUACACUAACACUUAAACCCCACUGAUGUUUCUUAAAUAAAUUACGUAUUGGUAAAUGUUUCUAAGAUAUUAUGCUAGAAAGAUCUACUGAGAACACUUUGGCUAUUUCAUAUAUAUAAUGUGCUGUAACAGAAAUAUUCUGAUGCAUUUCUUGGUAUUACUUAGCCUUCAAACCUAUUGUGAUAUUAUGAGAUGGACUCUUGCAACGAUACAUUUCAUUUUGAUAAAAUACUUGCUGAUGGAAUGGUCAUUUUGAUCUUGGCAACUCAGCCUAAUGUAAAAGAUAUAUAAAUAUAUAUAUAUUUUUCUAACUUUGUCAGUUAAACAGUUACUUAAUGUCAAUGAACAUAUCAAGGGUUAUCUAAGAAAGAGGGUGAAUGUGAGGUGUUACAUAACUGAGAUGCUGUAGUAGGAAAAAA